AUGGCUUAUCCCGGAUCAUACGGUACUCACGGCUAUGGACAGCCUCAAAAAUCACAACAGCAACAACAGGGAUACCCACCACCAUCGCAAGGUGGCUAUCCACCACCAUCGCAAGGUGGCUAUCCACCACCAUCGCAAGGUGGCUAUCCACCUCCACCCCAAGGUGGAUACGCUUCUCAAGGUUAUCCACCUCCACCACCCCAACAAGGUGGCUACCAAGGCGGAUAUCCCUCCCAAGGAUAUCCUCCUCCUCCUGCUCCUCAGCAUUACGGCGGCUACAAUCAGCCUCCUGCUCAGUAUGGUGGUGCUGGAUUCCCAUCGCCUCAACAACAACAGCAGCAGCAAUUUUCUCCACCUCCCAAUUACGGCAAUUACCCACCCCCAUCUGAUGCUUCUCUCAACAGCAACAAUCGUCAGCAAUCCAGUGGUAUUCAGCCACCAGCAUAUCAGGGCCCUGAUCCCGUCUUCCAGCCUACAGAUCCCACGUUGAACCAAGCCAACUACCCUCAGCCUCCCAACUCAUCUCACAAUCAAGGAACUCACCCAAUCCCCUACGGUAAACCACAAAGUGCAGACGUAGCCAACAACUUUGUGAUGCAUGUGAAUCCAUCUAUGCAAAAUGAGAGGCCACCCAACUUUCAACUUUCCAACUGUCAAGGAAGAAAGAGAGCCUUGUUGAUUGGUAUCAAUUACAUUGGUAGUAAAAACGCACUGAACGGCUGUAUCAAUGAUGUCAAGAAUGUGAAACAGUUCUUGACCACCUUGUAUAACUUUAGGGAGGAGGAUAUGGUCAUCUUGACCGACGAUAAGCAGGAUCCCAAAUUUAUUCCUACAAAGCAGAAUAUUCUUAGUGCUAUGCAAUGGCUUGUAAGUGGAGCAAGAGAGAACGAUUCAUUCUUUUUCCACUUCAGUGGUCAUGGUGGCAGAGUAAAGGAUACAGAUGGCGAUGAAGAUGAUGGCUAUGAUGAAACCAUCUAUCCAGUCGAUCAUGAUAGAUAUCAAGGCGAUUCUGGUCAAAUUGCAGAUGAUGAAAUGCAUGCUAUUAUGGUGCGUCCCUUGCCUAGAGGUGCUCGUUUGACCUGUAUCUUUGAUUCAUGCCACUCUGGAACCGCUCUCGAUUUACCUUAUGUGUAUAGUACUCAAGGUACUAUCAAGGAAGACAAUCCUUUCAAAGAUGCUGGAUCAGGUCUGUUGAGUGCUGGUCUUGCUUAUGCCGCCGGCAACAAGUCUGGUGCUUUAUCCUCUCUCAUGAGUUUGGGUAAGAAUAUCAUGGGUAGAAAGAGCGUCGAUGAUCGCGUAAAGCAAUUCAAGAGCUCAGAGUCAGAUGUCAUCAUGUUCUCUGGUUGUAAAGACAAUCAAACAUCUGCUGAUGCUAUGGAAAAUGGUGCCUCUACUGGUGCAAUGUCAUAUGCCUUUACUACUGUCUUGCGUCAAAACCAACAAUUAACCUAUCUUCAAUUGCUCAAUGCAAUCCGUGAAAUCUUAAAGUCUAAGUAUUCUCAACGUCCUCAGCUUUCUGCAUCUCAUCCUAUCGAUGUCAACCUUUUAUUUAUUAUUUGA